UGAAGUGUUUGUUCAUGGUGUACGCGACCUACUGAAUUUUUCUUUAGUAACUUUUAUUUUCAAAUGUUUUUAUUAUCAACAUUUUGCUUUCUGCUAUGGUAAUCGAAGUUUCUAAAGAACUUGAUGUAGUACGAAUUGGAAUUGAUAGAUAUUCUCUCAAAACUGGUUUGAAUUUGAAAACAGUCAUGGACCUAAGCAUAAGAGUCAUAAAAGAACCGAGAGGGUUCAUAAGGAUAAUCCAGUGUGUUAUGGCUAUUAUAGCGUUUGCAACGACUGUUGAUUUUGACACAAUAUGUAAAUUUUCCAUUACCUGCCCACCACCUGGUGAAAAGGAAGAAUUCGAAUAUGAACUGGGUUAUCCAUUUUCGAAUUCAGUACUGAAAAUUCCUAACAGUUGUGGAAGCAACGAAAAAGAUGUAGAAUUGACACUCCCCUUUGAUUAUACGAGCUCAGCGGCAUUUUAUGUUGCUACUGGUGUUUUAGCCUUCUUGUAUACAAUUUUUACUCUAGUAGUAUACAUAUUUUUCCAUCAGAUGUAUGCUAAUAAUCCCAAGUUGCCAGUUAUUGACAUGGGAAUUACUGCAGUUUUGUCUGUGUUCUGGUUAGCUGGAUCUAGUGCAUGGGCACAAGGUGUUGCUGAUCUCAAGUUUUAUCUGCAUCCAGACACAGUGUUUAAUUUUUUGGGAAUUUGCAAACUUCCCGAUGUUGCGUGUGAGACAACUGAAGAUGGAACAUAUGGCCUUUUAAAUGCAUCAUUAAUUGCUGGUUUUGCCAACUUCUUGUUAUGGUCAUGUAGUUUAUGGUUCAUAUAUAAAGAAACAGUAUUCUUCUCAUCAGAAGAAACCCCUCAGCCGCAGCCUAAUCAAGCACAAAUGCCCAAGGGUAUUGGAAAAGUGUGAAAUGUGGCUCCACUACUAAAAAAAUUUUGAUUUAAUGUGCAUUCACUUCCUGAAAUAAUCAUACUUAUUCUAUGGCCUAAAAAAGAUCACAUAUUUGAUUUAAAUGUUUUAUGUGAUUAACUACUUUUUUAAAUUGGAUUAUUUUUUGUGAUGAUCCAGAAUUAAAAAGGCAUUAUUUCUAUGUCUUGUUUACUAUCAUGCUGCAAAAUUGCAAAAAAAAAAAGUCUUUAAUUAAAUAUGCUUUUUUCAAAAAGAAAAAAAAAUAAUAAAAAAGAAAGGAAAAGAAAAAGGAAUUAUUUAUGCUCUAUAGUUGUAUAGAUAAUUCCUUCUAUAAAAUCAACUCGGUAAAUUUUAGUUUUUCCACUUUCAUUUUGCAUUGAGGAAGAAAAAGUGAUUAUUUUUAUAAAGCAUUUUGAAAUUUUCACGAUUAAAUGUUUUAGCAUUUGCAAUAACAAAUAAAUAAAAAGAAAAAACUUUUUUGUUGAUGAACUUUAAUAAAUUACCCAAUCUUUAGCCAUAAUAUGAUCAAUAAAUAUUUGAUAUGCUGAUGUGCAAUGAAGAUUACAUACAUGCUUUUCAAGAUUUGUGGAACUUACUUUUGUUGCAUGGUAAUGCAGCUGUAUACAAUUUGUUCAAUUUGUCUCUACAUAUACAAGAGAAAGUAUUCAUGUGCGUGCGUGUCUGUAUUUGUAUGUUUAACUAUGCUCAUAUGAUUGAUUUGAAACUAGUCGCAAAAUUUGAUAAAGAUAGUAUUAAGACCCUUAUAAUGCCCAAAUGUUAAAAUAUAGUACAGAUUUUAUUUACGUUUUUUUUAAAUACAUCCUUACUGUUCUAUGAUUUUUUUUUCACUGUUCUACAUUAUAGAAAUCAUUUAAAAGUAAAAAUAGUCACAUGCUGCUAAAUUUGGAGCCCAGUGAAAUGAAUUUGUGAUAUGUUUAAAUUUGUGCCAUUAUACAUGUAUCACAAAUUCACACUCUGUUUAAUUAUAUGUUUUUAAUAUGUUAUAUUAUUCUAUUUUACUAUGUAUAUUCAAUAUAUCUUUCAUUUGUUUUGUCAGUACAAAUCUUUUAUACUAGUUUCUCUCAACCCAAUAACAUUUAACAUGAAAUUACCUUUUAUUUGUUUCUCACUAGUCUUAUUUUAAUAUGCACAUUCGUGAUAUUUAAUAUUGUUAUAUUUUAUUGAAUGUGUUUUGGUGUCGGUACUUAAAUCAUAUACAAUUGAGUAGAAUAUGGAGCACAUGCACAUAUCACAUCAUCACAAUUUUUAUCCUAGAGGUUGUAUAAAAACUUAAUUGCUCAUAAAAUUAUAUACAUUACAUAAAAGUUCACAAAAUGAUUGUUGAUUUUUUGAAAUAUGUUGAUACAUGUAUGCAAAUUACAGUCUGAAUUUUUUGCUUGAAAUUCUUUAUGAGUGUCGAACUUGUACAUUAUUUGCUUAUCAUAUCAUCACUGUGUAUCUGUAGAGCAAUAAGAUUUAUCAUGAAUAUUUUCGAACAAAUAGCUAUGUGUUUUCUAUAAAGCAUUUUUACUUUAAUUUUAGCUUACAAGAUUCUUGAGUUUGAAAUUGUCAACUUUGAACUGAUAUACAAUUUAAAGUUUCAAAUAAGUUAUUUUUAAUCAGCAAAUAGGAUAUUAAUUUUACUACAGUAAUCUGAAAUGUUGGGGGAAGGGGGGGGGGGGGGGCUUUACUAUGAUCUUUCUAGUUUAAGUUGAUUUUGUACAUUUAAGUUUAUAAUGUUGAAGAUUAAUUUUUGAAAGCUGUAAUCUAGUACUAUAUAUUAUGUUUUAUUUUAAUGUACAUAUUUAAAUUCAUUCUAGAAAAAAAAUUACUGGUUUCUUAUUUAGGUAGCUAAAUGUUUUUGUUCUUACUAUAAUUUAUUUUUCUAUAAUUGUAUGUGUCAGUUAGCUUAAAUCAUUUGAUGCAUUUGUUUUAUGGUUUGUAAAUUGCAUUAAAAUUGUUUUGGCUUUGAUUGAUCUAUGUUUACCUUUAAUAACUUUGAAAUUCUUUUUUCCACAUUUUUGUUUAGGGCAUAGACAUUAUCAUGCCUGUAAAAAACUAAGGGGAAUAUUUGUUAUUCCCAUGCAUUUUCUUUUAACCAAAAAAUAAAAUAAAUCAAUAUUAAUUUAUUAUUUUUUUUGUCGUUGGACCCAACUUUCAACCAUGUUAGGCAACAAAUUUAAAUAUACCUUUAUAAAAUUCAAAAUGCUUAAUUUUUUCCCAUCCCUUCAUUAAAUGUUAAUAUUUUGUAUUGACUAAUUUAGGCAUCAUCCUGAAGUAAUAAAACAUUUUUAUUCAAGCUGUUAAUAAUGUAUAAUGCUAUCAACUUGCAGUUUUUCAUGUUUCAUGAUUUUUUUUUCCAUUCCAAAAUGUUUUUUUCUGAUGUAUUAAACUAUUAUUUAUGUCAAUAAAAACAGUACUAAAAUCCAGUUUUUGUUCUGAAACUCAUGAAACAUAUUAAGCAAAAAUAUUAACUUGAUUUUGAAUUUCUUUUAACCUUAAGCAUUUUCAAUUUCCCUAUCAUUUUUGGUUCAUUUUAUUAUAUCUGCAGAAAGUGGAGCCAAGAAAGCUGACCUUAAAGAACUUUUUCAAAAAAAUUAAAUUGCUGAAUCUUAUUAAAAACCUUAUUUUUUUUACAUAAUUUCAAAAUCUCCAUGAUCCCCUUUAUAAUGCUUCAAAAAGUCCUAAUAGUUUAAAGGGAUGGAUAUCUUUUAUUUGAAAGAAACAUUGUAAAACAUUUCUGCAGACGCUUCUCAUUUUAUUGCAGGAUAGCUAUACUCAGACUUAAGGUUUUGGUAAAUAUGUUACUAUCUUUUAGAUAUUAGAAAAGUUUUAAAAAUCAAUUUUAUACUUUAAAUAAAUCAAGAUUUUGCAGUUCCAUAUUGUAUGUCAUGUCUAUACUCACAGUUGAGAAAACAUCUUUUUUCCCAAUGUAUUUCAGUAUUAAAGCAUACUUUUACAAAUUUAUAUAUUUUUGCAAUGUGUGAUCUGCUUUGCUAUUACUUGAAAUUGUAUUAAGUUUUCUAAAAUCACUGCAUCAUAAAAAAGACAAACAGAAGACUUUCUCACAAUUAUACUGCAGACACAACCUUAAAAACCAUUAAAUUGGCUUUAAAAACACCAAUAAAGUAAUAGUUUUGAACUGGAAUCAUGUGUGUGUAAAAAUAAUAUAUAAUUAUUUUUAAUCAGUGGUUUGUAUGAAAGAACUGUGUAGCGUUAAAUUUCUUUGUAAAACAGUAUUGUUUUGAAUGUAUUUUUGUGUAUGUUGGCAACAAAAUAGAGCUUCAAAUAAUUUAGUUUCGUAAUUAGGAAACCAUACUUUUUCAGCUUUUUUUAAUUUCAUUAUUUGUUGCUAACAAAUGAACACUGCCAUGGUUUAUUUUGUGAAAUUAUUUUUAAAAUCGUCUUCAUAUGUCAUAUUUACUAAGGAUUGUUUCACUCUUUCUGAUAAAAACUGAUGCAUUCAGAAACUUCUAUGAAUCAAAAAUUCACAUCAAGUUGUUUCUCCUCUUUAUUUUUGUUAAUAUAUGUCUUAAAAUAUGAAACAAAUUGCAAAAUCAAAAUGUUUUAUAAUAUAUUGCAGUAAUGUAAACUUUAUGAUGCAAGUUAUUUCUUAUUAUAUUCAAUAAUUUUGUUUUGAAAAGCCUUAAUAUUGUCUACCAAUCAUUCAUUAAUGUUGAAACUGUUGUAAAAGUUAUAAAUAAACAUA